CCGAGCCCCAUUCGCAGCCGGGACAGCGGGGGGGACAGCGGCCAUGGCGACCCCUCUCACCGACCAGGAGAAGCGCAAGCAGAUCAGCAUCCGGGGCAUCGUCGGGGUGGAGAACGUGGCGGAGCUGAAGAAGGGCUUCAACCGCCACCUGCACUUCACGCUGGUGAAGGACCGAAAUAUCGCCACGCCCCGCGAUUACUACUUCGCGCUGGCUCACACGGUGCGGGACCACCUGGUGGGGAGAUGGAUCAGGACCCAGCAGUUUUACUAUGAGGCGGACCCCAAGCGGGUCUACUAUCUGUCCCUGGAGUUCUACAUGGGCAGGACGCUGCAGAACACCAUGAUCAACCUGGGGCUGCAGAACGCCUGCGACGAGGCCAUCUACCAGCUUGGCCUUGACAUGGAGGACCUGGAGGAGAUGGAGGAGGAUGCAGGUCUAGGCAAUGGAGGUCUGGGCAGACUGGCAGCAUGCUUCCUGGAUUCAAUGGCCACCUUGGGUCUCGCGGCAUAUGGCUAUGGCAUCCGCUAUGAGUAUGGCAUCUUCAACCAAAAGAUCAGGGAUGGUUGGCAGGUGGAGGAGGCAGAUGAUUGGCUGAGGCAUGGCAACCCCUGGGAGAAGGCCCGCCCCGAGUACAUGCUGCCCGUUCACUUCUAUGGGCGGAUAGAGGAGACCAAAGAGGGCUCCAAGUGGGUGGACACACAGGUGGUUCUGGCCAUGCCGUAUGACACGCCCAUCCCGGGUUACAUGAACAACACUGUGAACACCAUGAGACUGUGGUCUGCUCGCGCUCCCAAUGACUUCAACCUCAGGGACUUCAAUGUCGGAGACUACAUCCAAGCUGUUCUGGACAGAAAUCUGGCAGAGAACAUCUCCCGGGUGCUCUACCCCAAUGACAACUUCUUCGAGGGAAAAGAGCUGCGCCUGAAGCAGGAGUACUUCGUCGUCGCAGCUACUCUUCAGGACAUCAUCCGUCGCUUUAAGACCACGAAGAAGGGCACCGCCGCUCGAACCUCCUUUGACAGCUUCCCAGAGAAAGUCGCCAUCCAGCUGAAUGACACUCAUCCGGCCAUGGCCAUCCCCGAGCUGAUGAGAGUCUUGGUGGACAUCGAGAAACUGACCUGGGAUAAGGCCUGGGACAUCACCAAGCGCACCUUCGCCUACACCAACCACACGGUGCUGCCCGAGGCGCUGGAGCGCUGGCCUGUGGAGCUGCUGGAGACCCUGCUCCCCCGACACCUGCAGAUCAUCUACCAGAUCAACCAGAUCCACCUCGACAAAAUUACGGCCCUGUUCCCCAACGACAUGGACCGACUCAGGAGAAUGUCUCUGAUUGAAGAGGACGGCUGCAAGAGGGUCAAUAUGGCGCACCUGUGCAUCGUGGGGUCGCACGCCGUCAACGGAGUUGCAGAGAUACACUCCAACAUCAUCAAGACGGACGUGUUCCGGGAUUUCAGCGAGCUGGAGCCGGAGAAGUUCCAGAACAAAACCAACGGCAUCACUCCCAGACGCUGGCUCCUGCUCUGCAACCCCGGACUGGCUGAGCUGAUCGCUGAGGCCAUCGGUGAGGAUUAUGUGAAGGACCUCAGCCAGCUGCGCAAGUUAACCGACCUGGAAGACGAUGUCACCUUCAUCAGGGACGUCGCCAAGGUCAAACAGGACAACAAGGUGAAGUUCGCCCACUACCUGGAGACGGAGUACAGGGUGAAAAUAAACCCGUCCUCCAUGUUCGACGUCCACGUGAAGAGAAUCCACGAGUACAAACGCCAGCUCCUCAACUGCCUUCACAUCAUCACCAUGUAUAACCGCAUUAAGAAGAACCCCACUGCACCUUUUGUCCCGCGCACGAUGAUCAUCGGUGGCAAGGCGGCUCCGGGGUAUCACAUGGCAAAGAUGAUCAUUAAACUCAUCACCUCGGUGGCUGAAGUGGUGAACAACGACCCCAUCGUGGGCGACAAACUGAAGGUCAUCUUCCUGGAGAACUACAGGGUGUCCCUGGCAGAGAAAGUGAUCCCCGCCACAGAUCUGUCGCAGCAGAUCUCUACUGCGGGCACCGAGGCGUCGGGCACCGGGAACAUGAAGUUCAUGCUGAACGGAGCCCUCACCAUCGGCACCAUGGAUGGAGCCAACGUGGAGAUGGCGGAGGAGGCCGGGGAGGAGAACCUCUUCAUCUUUGGCAUGAGGGUGGAGGAUGUGGCUGAACUCGACAAAAAGGGCUAUGACGCCAUGACAUAUUACAAGAAGCUUCCAGAGCUGAAACAAGUUAUGGACCAGAUCAAGAGUGGAUUUUUCAGCCCUAAAAACCCGGAUCUUUUCAAAGACCUCACAGAGAUGCUGUUCAAGUAUGACCGUUUCAAAGUGUUUGCAGACUUUGAGGACUACGUGAAAUGCCAAGAGAAAGUCAGCAAUCUUUAUCAGAACCCGACAGAAUGGACCAAGACGGUGAUCAGGAACAUCGCCGCCUCAGGCAAGUUCUCCAGCGACCGGACCAUUGCAGACUACGCCAGGGAGGUGUGGGGCGUGGAGCCCACCGACCUGAAGAUCCCGCUGCCGAACGAGCCCCGAGAGGCCAUCGAGGAAACCGCCCGGGCUUUGAAGAAAAUGUGAACGUGUUUCAAGGCUCCCCGCUUUGGGUUUACAGUGUUUGUACUUAGAUAUACUGUAAACGUACUACUUAACAUGUUGCCUUUUGCUCUCAGCUUUCACUUUGCACAUCGUUGAACUUUUUUUCAGUCACUAGAGUGAUUUUUUUUUCCCCCAUUUAGUUUAAAAAAAAACGAAGAAUCACUUUUAAAGACCACGUUUACACACAGUGAGUGGGACCACACCAAGGCCUGCUGGCACUUGUGGUCACAGUGAAUCUCGUUUUUGUUUUUUUUUGUUACAGCGGCGUAGUCAGGAAUCCAAGGCCAUGCUAGUUCUAGUCUGUACUGGUCUUUCAAAAUUAGAUCUGAUAAACUGAGACGUUGUAGGUGGGCUGUUUCACUGAGGCCACACAGCAUAUGCUUCCAGUUCUCUGCUUUCGUUUUAACUGGCUUCCCCAGAUAGCAAAACCGCUGUGGCCCGGACCCGCCCCACACCCGACACUUUCAUCCGGCCCACAUACCUCGUGGAACGUUGCCACUUGGGCGGUCCGCUCCUGUUUGCCAGAUCUGGGCCAGAACCAAGCCGUAGCAAUGCCGCAUGUGCCACAUAUUUGCCAAAGGUGGCCAUAUUUGUUUUGUGAUAUUUGGGCCAUAUUCACCAUUUACCACACGGGGCCACUUCAGGGUCACAUCCAGAUCACAUGUUGCCCAGAGCACCGCAUCUUUGCCAAAAAAGGCCCACAUUUGAUUUGGCAUAUUUGGGCCAUAUUUGCUGUUAUACAUGUGGGCCACUUCAGGCUCACAUCCGUUUCGUCAGGGCCAGAAGGCCGUCAGUGCCGCAUCACUGCCUGAAGUGGCCCACAUCCGGGUGCUCUCUGGGUUGAGCUACUGCAGGGUCUUAUUGCAUCACAUAGGCUUUUGUUACAGAAGGAAAUUACACGCCUGAGUCUACUAAUCAGUAGGAUCUUUGUUAAGGACCUUUAUUUGUAGAGUGAGCUGGGGAACAAAUGCCUGCACCCACACUGGCCCUUUCUGGACAAGACUGCCCAUCCCUGAUCUAAGUCCUUAGGUUGGAUGUUCUCCCCACAGUCGGAUGGGCUUCAUCGUGACAUGUCAACUCUUCAUAUCUUCACAUCACCUAACGCACAUCCUCAUUCAAAAAUACGUGUGCUAGGUGAAUUUGAAACUAUGAAAUUAUUCAUAUUUCCCAUUAACGUGAACGGUGUGUGUGUGCACUAAGCACACUCUGAUGGUUUCACAACCUGCGAGAUGUUUCGAUUCCACCUAAAGUGAACUGGAGAAGAAAGGCUGCGAUUGUGGGAGGGAGUAAGUGGGGGGGAAUGGUGGACGGAUGGACAGAUGAUCAUAGAGGGGUUUAUCAAUCAGGGUCUCGGGUUACUUUGCUGGGACAGCAUGAACCUUCUUGUGUAGUGUAACGUACGGUACUGCUUACCCCUCCCGUACUCAAACUGGAGGACGUCCAAUGCUGCUCGGCCCAGGUCUGAUAUCUAAACGGCAGUUUUCUAAUGCAGAAGUUUACAAAGUGCCUGUCAACCGAGACGGAAAUAUCAGCCAUCUUGUCUCUGUUCUCAAUAAAACUUGAUGAAAACAA